UUUACCGUGUCACGUGCACGGAAGCAACAGUGCUUGCCUGCUUGAAAUGAGAACAGUAGUGGUGACUGGUUCAACAGCCUUGUCAAACUCUACUCCCUUCCACUUGCUAACGUUGCUCUGAACAAAAGUGGUAACCCCCGGUGUAUAUGAGAGAGAGGGAGGUGGUCUGCAGUCAUGAGCAAUCCGUUUGCACACUUAGUGGAGCCUCUGGACCACAACAAACCGGACCGCAAGUUCUACAACCUCUUGAAGCUCAGAGACCCGAGAUAUGACCGCCUGCCGUUCUCCAUCCGCAUGCUGCUGGAGUCGGCCGUGAGGAACUGUGACGGGUUCCUGGUGAAGCAGUCGGACGUGGAGAGCAUUUUGAACUGGGAGCAGACCCAGACCCAGAGCGUGGAGGUGCCGUUCAGACCCGCCCGGGUCAUCCUGCAGGACUUCACUGGUGUGCCUGCUGUGGUGGAUUUUGCCGCAAUGCGUGACGCUGUGGCGAAUCUAGGAGGAGAUCCCGAAAAGAUCAACCCAGUCUGCCCAGCGGAUCUCGUAAUUGACCAUUCUAUCCAGGUGGACUUUAACAGGAAGACUGACAGCCUCCAGAAAAAUCAGGACUUGGAGUUUGACAGAAACAAAGAGCGAUUUGAGUUCUUAAAGUGGGGCUCCAAAGCGUUCCGCAACAUGCGCAUCAUUCCCCCCGGCUCGGGGAUCGUGCACCAGGUGAACCUGGAAUACCUGGCCAGGGUGGUGUUUGACCAGGAGGGCUUCUACUACCCCGACAGCCUGGUGGGCACGGACUCUCACACCACCAUGAUCAACGGCCUGGGCGUGCUGGGCUGGGGUGUGGGCGGGAUUGAGGCCGAGGCCGUCAUGCUGGGCCAGCCAAUCAGCAUGGUGCUCCCUGAAGUCAUCGGCUACAGGCUGCAAGGUGCCCCCGACAAGCUCAUCACUUCAACUGACAUCGUCCUUACUGUGACCAAGCACCUGCGCCAGGUCGGCGUCGUGGGGAAGUUUGUGGAGUUCUUCGGCCCGGGUGUUGCCCAGCUGUCCAUCGCCGACCGUGCCACCAUCGCCAACAUGUGCCCAGAAUAUGGAGCCACCGCAGCUUUCUUCCCUGUAGACCACAUCAGUGUGCAGUACCUGGAGCAAACAGGGAGAGAUGCUGAGAGACUGGACUACAUCACUAGGUACCUGAAAGCGGUCGCCAUGUUCAGAGACUACAGCAACACCUGCCAGGAUCCCAACUUCACUCAGGUGCACGAGCUGGACCUGAGUACCGUGGUGCCGUGCUGCAGCGGGCCCAAAAGGCCCCAGGACCGGGUCGCCGUGUCCGACAUGAAAACAGACUUUGAGGCCUGCCUGGCAGCUAAGCAAGGCUUCAAGGGUUUCCAGGUAGCCCCUGAGCGACGCAACGCGGAGGUUUCCUUCCGGUACAGUGACCAGGAGUACAGCCUCUCCCAUGGCUCCGUGGUCAUCGCCGCCAUCACCAGCUGCACCAACACCAGCAACCCCUCCGUCAUGCUGGGAGCUGGGCUCCUGGCUAAGAAGGCCAUCCAGGCUGGUCUGAGCGUGAAGCCCUACAUCAAAACCAGCCUGUCGCCCGGCAGUGGAGUGGUCACCUAUUACCUGAAGGCGAGCGGCGUCAUGGACUACCUCUUCCAGCUCGGGUUUGAGGUGGUAGGCUACGGCUGCAUGACCUGUAUAGGCAACAGUGGACCCCUCCCGGACCCUGUGGUGGAGGCCAUUACUCAGGGAGAUCUAGUUGCCACGGGGAUCCUAUCGGGUAACAGGAACUUUGAGGGGCGUGUCCACCCCAACACACGAGCCAAUUAUCUGGCCUCUCCCCCGCUGGUAAUCGCAUAUGCCAUUGCUGGCACUGUGAGGAUCAACUUUGACACAGAGCCUAUCGCUUUGAACAGCAAAGGGAAGGAGGUUUUCCUGAGGGACAUCUGGCCCACUCGGGAGGAGAUCCAAGCUGUGGAGAGAGAGUUUGUUAUUCCUGCCAUGUUUAAAGAGGUUUAUGAGAAGAUUGAGAAAGUGAAUGAACGUUGGAAUGACCUGACUGCCUCCUCAGACAAGCUGUACACAUGGGACCCCAAGUCCACCUACAUCAAGUCUCCACCCUUCUUCAGUGGACUGACCAAGGAACUGCAGAGCCCUCGGUCCAUCACAGAUGCCUACGUGCUGCUGAACUUGGGCGACUCUGUGACCACGGACCACAUCUCUCCUGCUGGCAACAUCGCCCGCCAAAGCCCUGCUGCACGCUACCUGACCAGCAAAGGAUUGCACCCGCGUGACUUCAACUCUUACGGUUCUCGGCGUGGCAACGAUGCAGUGAUGGCCCGGGGCACUUUUGCCAACAUCCGUCUCCUCAACAAGCUACUGAACAAACAGGGGUCACACACCCUUCACUUACCCUCCAAUGAAACGCUGGAUGUGUUUGACGCUGCUGAGCGGUACCAGGAGGCUGGCCUGCCCCUCAUCAUCCUGGCUGGGAAGGAGUACGGAUCCGGCAGCUCCAGAGACUGGGCUGCUAAAGGCCCGUUCCUCCUGGGCAUCAAAGCCGUGCUGGCGGAGAGCUACGAGCGCAUCCACCGCAGUAACCUGGUGGGCAUGGGGGUGAUCCCCCUGGAGUACCUGGCCGGGGACACUGCCGACAGCCUGGGGCUGACCGGACGGGAGCGCUACACCGUGGUCAUCCCGGACACACACACACCCAGGAUGGUUGUCGACAUCAAGCUGGACACGGGCAAGACUUUCAAGGCGAGGAUGAGGUUCGACACGGAUGUGGAGCUGACGUACUUCCACCACGGAGGAAUCCUGAACUACAUGAUCCGCAAGAUGUCGGAGAAUAAGAGAGAUCGGGUCGUCCCGUGCAGAACACCCGCGUCUGCCAUGCGGAUGGCCCCUCUCUCUUCUGUUUAAGUUGGCCAUUCCAUUUUUGUGUUAUGUCUCCAUUGGUUUUAGUGCGUUCAUUGACCACAGUGCUGGUUUUCAGACUCAGUCUUUUGCGGAGUCAGAACCGCACAGUGCAUUUAACGCUGCUAUGAUGAGAUCAGCUGGGUUCAAAUACUAUUUGUUUCAUCAAGGCCAGCUGAAGUAUUUCUAUAUUUCUGAGCCUGGACUCUUUGUAAAAUACCUGGGCCUUUUCCACACUACCUCCGCUUGGGAAAACCAGUGGUUCAUCCACUUCAUCCCUCCUUCCAUCCAUGAUAAAAUAAAUGUCUCAAUUAUUAUAUUUUUUUCCCCAAAAAACUAUUAAGCGGCCAAAGGAUGGCCUGCAGUUCCACAGAAUUUUUUUUGCAAUGCUUUGCUUGGAGUGAUUCAUAUGUUUCAUGUCACGUCAGAGCUCCGGUCCAGUUAACCUGAUUGGGUGUCUUGACCACAGUCAAGAUGUUAGCUUUGUUAGUUUAAUGCCAUUCAUUUGUCUUCUGGUGAGCUGGCGUAGACAUUGGCUGCUUCUAAAAAGUGUUCCAUUUUUGGCCAACAUGUGGGGGCCAUUUUGGAAGGCAACAUUCUAAAUGUUCUAGAGAAACAUAUUUGUUCUAAAGGGUGGACGUUUGAAAGGGUGGAGAGGCAUUCUAAAUGUUCUGUGCCAACCUUAUACAAUGCUAACGGAUUCUGGUAGAUCACUUUGUGUUCUAAAACACUAAAUAAGGUGGUUGUCAUUGUACUGAGAAAGAUCAAUAUAAGUAUUCUGAUUGGAUCCAAGUCGACUGUUUGCCUUAUGGUUAAAUUGACUCUCCUUUAUUUGGGGUACAGUAAACUUUAUUGUAUGUGAAUUGUUUCUUUGAGGCCUGUGUUGACGUUGCCUCCAAACUAAGGCAUAUUUCUACUAGACUUGAGAAUUUGAGGCAGUGCAAUUCCAACUACCAGGUGCCGUUGGCAAUCCUGGCAAUUGAGUAGAAAUUCUCUAACCAGGAUUUCUGGGAAUGUUGGUAAGUUCCCAGAAUUGUCCAAACCUAUUGGGGGAUGUGGCAGGGUGUUCAUAAGAUAACUAACUAACUAACUAACUAACUAAAUAACUAAUUAAUUAGCUAGUAACUAAUUAACGUGAUCAAGAAUUCCUAAAUGCAUUGUGUUUCUGACUGAAAGCUAGUGUUUGUUCUCUGUUAGCACUUAAAGAUGCACUGUGGGAUUUUAACCAAAUUCUUAUAUGUUACAAAUUGGAUUUGUGACCUUUUUUUUGUCAUGAUACACAAAAUUGCUAGCAGUACACACGCAAAAAACAAGAGCACCACUUUUGCUAGUACUGACUGAAAUUAUGCAUGAACCGCAGUACAGCUUUAAGGCUUAAUGGUCCUUUUUAAAAUAAACUGUCCGGAAAUAGAAAUCCCUGCUCCAUCCUCCAUAUUGCUUACACCUAUCAAGGAUAUGUAGUGAUCGAUGUGAAAAUGCUCCCGUGCACUUCAGUAUAUUACGAUGUUAUCAAAUUAUUGAUACUUGUUAAUCUGACUUAAUGCAUUAAUUUCCUCCAAACUGAACUAAAAUGUAACUCCAGUGCAGCGCUGUUGCAUUGGAACAUUUGCAGUCAGCACGACCUGUAGCACAUUUGAAAAUCAUCUAUGAAUAAACCAGUACACUGAGA